AUGGCUGGACACCGGUCGUGGUUCGCCAAGAAAGCCUUGGUGCCUAUCAAGCCCAACAUCCUCCUCACGACCUUCAUCGUCAGCAAAGGCGUGACCUGCGAUUCCACUACUGGUGAUUGCCGCGUGCCCAUCGGUGGUUACGUGACCGACACCCGCUCCUUAAACAUCACAAUCUCCUCCCCAGACUCCAUCUACGACCGCAUUGGCGAGACGGUCAACUUCAAGUUCAACGACACCAUCACAGCAUGGGUUGGUGGUGCAUCUAGCCCAGGCUCACCGCAAACAUGGGCCAUCACCAACGGCACUUCUGGAUAUGUGGGCUUUACUCCCAACCACCGAUGCGCGGCUGGCACACUGACGGGCUGCGAUGAUGCUGCUGUCGAAGGCAUCGAGGUCGAGGCGUGUUCGCCUUACUCUACAGCCGAUGGUUUGUCUGGCACGUUUGCCGCCAUCGUAUUGGAUCGAAGCAGUGUAGAGGCGUUCACGUGCAAUCCGGCCAACACCACUGCUGCGAAGGAUGGAAACAACUCAAACAGUUGCUCUGCUGCUGAUUCGCAGCCUGAUACGGGAGAUGCAACUCGAUUGGGAAGUGUGUCGAUGAUGCUGCUUGUUAGUGCUUUGGGUGUUGCCGUUCUUGGGUUCGAAAGUCUUUGA